CUGGUCACCAAAGCGCUGCUCAGACACAGCAGCAGCGUGCAGAUAACCGCACCAACCGAGGACAGAGGAAGAGCGUUCAUAUGGUCCACCGAGCGUGUUCUUUACGUGAAGAAUCUGAAAUGGUGAAGCUGCGGACGAGAUGUCUGCUUAUGGGAGAUGCGGCUGUGGGGAAGAGCUCUCUGUGCCACAUCUUCCACAGUGAAGGGGUCCAGUUCCAGAGGAGCUACAACAUGACGGCUGGAGUGGAGCUGGUCACUAAAUGUGUCACUAUCCCAGAGAGUGGACACAGUGUGGAGCUGUACCUGGUCGACUGUCCUGGGAAGGAUCUGCUGGCAGAGGCCUGUGAGAAGAUGUGGGGAGAGGCGUGGCUCCUGUGUCUGGUGUUUGAUCUGAGCAGUGAACAGUCCUUCCACAGCUGCACUCGCUGGCUCCAGAGGGUCCAGGACCACUGUUUGGGAAGCACUGUGUCAGGUGUUCUGCUGGGGAAUAAGUGUGACCUGGAGGAGCGGAGGGCUGUGCAGACACAGGAGGCUCAGGCCUGGGCUCAGGCACACAGCCUGGACUACUACGAGACCUCUGCUAAGGAGCUGGACACCUCUACGGCUCCUCUGCUCCGACUGGCCCAGACCUGCCUGUCCCUGUAUGAGCAGAGCUGUGAAAGGACACACAGCUUGGUCAGCUAG